ACCGUUCCCGCCAGUCUCUGCUCGAACGCGGCACGGACCGUGUCGAUCCGUUGCGAUGUGAACGCCUAAACCUUACCACUGUCUACCACGACAGAUUUUGUUGCAUGUGCAUCGGCUAUAACUAUACUUUUUAGUAAAUCAUUAACUUUUGAUUUUCUACACCAGUGGCUAUCCGUUCCGUGGAUUAUAAAUCUGGGAAACUGUUCUGUGGCGACAUUGAUGGAGUUCCGCUUGGACAGCGCGGAGUACUGCCAGGCCCAACACAAAUAAACUUGCGGGCGCUAGUGGAAGCGAGACCCAUGCUGCCGGGAGCGCGCGCAACGUCACGCACCCCGAGCACUAAGCGAUAUACACCCAUCCAUUUUUACAUUGAACUUGGAUCCCACUGUUAAUUGCAGCAUAUCAUUUGCAGAAGUUUCAAAUCGUAAACGACUUAUGUUUUGUCGCAUAAUCUUUUAUUAGUUUCGCUUACCGAUUCGUAAUCAUCGUUUGUUAGUCUCCGAAUGUGCUCGAGUGGUUGAAAGCGAUAUCCAUGCGGGUGGUUCUAAUUAUAUAAUUGGACCCUUUUAAAAAAGAAGCCACGAAACUGGAGUGUGUUGUGUGGAAAUAGAGUGACAGUUUGCCUGUUUUGACUGACGGAUCGCUGCAAGUUUCCGACGCGUGUGAAGUUAAUCUGCGACCUCGGUUCGCGAGUGGUGUAUCGGAUUUGACUGCGGAAAUCGUAAAGCGAUCACCAUGAAGCAGAAGGACAUCAGGCCGGCGCCGUCGCUCAUCGAGUACAAGAGCAUGCGCUUCCUCAUAACCGACAGACCAUCGGAUAUCACCAUCCAGGGCUACUUACAGGAGUUGCGCAAGCACAACGUGUGCACGGUGGUGCGCGUCUGCGAGCCGAGCUACGACGUGGCGCCGCUCAAGGCGGAGGGCAUCGAGGUGCGCGAUCUGGCCUACGACGACGGCACCUUCCCGCCCACAAACGUCGUCGACGACUGGUUCGAGAUACUGCGCGACAAGGCGGCGAAUAAGCCCGAAUCGGCGGUGGCGGUGCACUGUGUGGCAGGGUUGGGUCGCGCUCCCGUGAUGGUGGCCAUAGCGCUGAUAGAGCUCGGCAUGAAGUACGAGGAGGCGGUCGAGACCAUCCGAGACCAACGCCGCGGCGCCAUCAACGCGAAGCAACUCUCGUACCUUGAGAAGUACCGGCCGAAGUCGCGCCUGAAGAAGAACGGACACAAGAACUCUUGCUGCGUGCAAUAGUCGCCGGCCCCGAGCGGGACAGCGAAUGUAGCUCUGCUUUCACACACACACUGACACAAGGAGCAUAGACAAAAAAACUAGAUGUAACUUACCCGUCGAGCCUCUUUUGACAAGUACCCCCUUGAUUUUCUCGUAGAGGUUUUAACCGAAUUCUUUUAUUUUUUUCCACCCCGAGCUUGGACACAUUCCCAACAGACGCGAGCCGAAGAAUUUGGUUACGAUCUCGCCGCAGUUUUUUGACGUAAUCGAGUUUCUGAAAAUUAUAAUUGACAGCCCAUUUGUAAGCUAAUGUUUGAAUUUUCGAAGUAAAGGUGUACCGCCCUUGUGCUGAACUCUUACUAGUGGAAUAUGUUAAUAGUCGCAAGCCACGAUUUGUGUUCAUAGUUGAAACUGUCACUUGGGUAUUUACAUACUUAAUUGAAAUCAUAAUAACUUCAAUAAUAAAUAUGAUCCAGUCAGAGUUGUGCUUACUCUUAGAAUUCUUACGAUAUACUUUUUUUUCUAUGUGUGUUGAAAUCAUGAUAAUAUGUUUUCCUAAAUAUUAUUUUCUUUCGUAGAGACUUAAUAAUAUUAUCGAUAAGAAAAUGAGCCAUAAUAGGAGCAAUUUGAAGGUUUAUUUUUUUCGUGUUUCUUAAGACGUAUUCUACUUUGUGCUCUGACUAAAAAUAUAUGUUAAAUUCUUGUAUUAUUUUAUUAUAUCAAUUUAAGUUAUAUAGCCACGGUCUGCAAACUAUUUCACAAAUGUUUUACCUUUGACUAAUUAAUUGUAUGAUGAAAUUCUAAUAAAAUUGUAUCCCAUCAAAAAUGAUAAACUUGACUCACAGAAUGUUCCGAUAACAUAGCUCUUUGAUAUUAUUUUUCUAUUUCUAAUUUUAUGAAGAUAUCAAAAUAUAUGAUUGUGUAACCGCGGAACAGUCACAUUCAUAAAUAAAAAUAUUUAUAAGCAAAUCAA